CGAGUCCAACAAACGUUUUAAAUGUCCCAAUCAAUUCAUCUCUCUCUCUCUCUCCCUCCAUUACCCCGUCCCACCUCUCAUUUCUCCGCUCCAAAAGUUAAUCAUACUCCACACACCUCCAAAAUAAGAACCAUCCACCUCCUACCCCCUUAAUUCCCCUAUAUUUUUAAAGUUCGUCAAGAACCAUCCACCUCCUACCCCCUUAAUUCCCCUAUAUUUUUAAAGUUCGUCUCUCUCUCUCUCUCUCUCUCUCUCUCUCUCUCUCUCUCACUCUAAUUACUUCUUGCGUUAUAAUACGUUAUGCUUGAGUGAGACUAACUCUUUCUUGGCUCCCAUCUUGCUCUCUCCUUUCUCUUUGUGGACUCUUGUACGUAGUGGUUGUGAGCUCCCCCACCAAACAAGCCAAAUAAUCCCGAUCGAGAAGGCACCCAACUCACUACGUACCUCCUCUUCACUUGGGAAGAAGAAAGAGGGGGAGGGGGAGGGGGAGGGAGAGGAGACGGAUCAAGGUGGAAAUGGGCGGCGAGAGGAAGAAUUCGCUUCUUACUCUCGCCGGGCGGGUGCUGAAUUGUGCGGUGAGCUUUGUCGUGUUCUCCGUACUCGACGUUCUCGAUAUAAUCCUCUGCAUUGUCUACAAGCUCAUCGAUUAUGCCGUUGAGGCCGAGUGGAAGCCGUGCUACUGCUCGGCCUCCAAGGACAUGGUUGCCGGCAGCGGCAGCGGCAGCGGAGGCGGGCCAAAGGUGGUGCGGCUCUGCUCGUCGAAGCUCCAGCUGGAGGACGUCUCCGACACGCUGUACGCGCGUCCUUCAGUCGUCAUGGACGCUGCGAGGAAGGCGGGAACCACCGGCAGCGGCGCAUCAGUUGUCGUGAGCCCGGCACCGGCUGCGCCGACGUUCCGGGUCAGCACUGGUGUUGCGGAGAUGAUCCGAGGGAAGAUCGACCGGCAGCGGCCUACGCGGCCGGUGCCCUGCUGGUCCGACUGCUGCUGUAAGAUCUGCAAUUCGUGGAGCACCGCCGCGACCCCUUCCCAGCUUUACGUUCACGUGGAGGGCCCAAGAGACGGGGCGGCGGUGCCGGCGACGGAGGACGUGGUGUUCAUCCACGGAUUCAUCUCGUCGUCGACGUUCUGGACGGAGACGGUGUUUCCGGCAUUCAGCGAGCUGACAAAGUCGAGGUACCGCCUCUUCGCGAUCGACCUGCUGGGGUUCGGGCGCAGCCCGAAGCCGACGGACUCGCUGUACACUCUGCGGGAGCACCUGGAGAUGAUCGAGAAGUCGGUGCUGAAGCGGUUCGAGAUCGGGAGAUUCCACCUGGUGGCGCACUCGCUGGGGUCGAUCCUGGCCCUGGCGCUGGCGGUGAAGCACCCGGAGGCGGUGCGGUCGCUGACGCUGGUGGCGCCGCCCUACUUCCCGGUGCCCAAGGGGGAGGAGAGGGCGGCCGGGCAGUAUGUGAUGCGGCAGGUGGCGCCGCGGAGGGUGUGGCCGGCCAUCGCGUUCGGGGCGUCGAUGGCGUGCUGGUACGAGCACGUCAGCAGGACCAUCUGCCUGACCAUCUGCAAGCACCACCGCCUGUGGGAUCUGCUCUUCCGACUGCUCACCCGCAACAGGAUGAGGACUUUCCUAAUUGAGGGUUUCAUGUGCCACACUCAUAAUGCUGCAUGGCACACUCUACACAACAUUAUUUGUGGGAGUGCUAACAAGAUGGAGAAUUAUCUAGACAUUGUCAAGAAUCAGCUAAAGUGCAAUGUAACUAUAUUUCACGGCCGAAAAGAUGAGCUCCUCCCUGUUGAUUGUAGCUAUGCUGUCGGGUCGAAGAUCCCUAGGGCUCGUGUUAAGAUCUAUGAUGAGAAGGACCAUAUCACGGUUGUCGUUGGCCAAGAAAGGGUUUUCGCAAGAGAGCUUGAAGAGAUAUGGAAAAAUGCUAUGCAUUAAAUAAGGAGGAGGAAGAAAGAAUUUAAACCUAAAUGAAAUAACUUCCCUCUCAAUGCACAGCUCAAAGAAAUGUGAUGCAAACAAGUGAUGCAUGUUUGAGCAAAUAUAUAUAUAUCUUUUGUUUCUCUCUUUCGUUCUUUUUUAAAAAAAUUUCUUUCUAAAGUACUUAUGUUUUACCACUAUAUGUGGUUCUAUAUGGUACCCCUUAUUCAAGUGUGAAAUAUGUAAGAUAGAAAUAUUAUGGGGAAAGAUAUAGAUUUCUCUA